CACAGACCCGAUCGGUAGUGUAUCAAAAGUGUUCAACUCUCCAACACUAGAUAUCAUUUACGUGUAUUUUCCCUGGUCGGUCUAAAGAGUCACUGAUUCAUCAUGAAUUACAACUACGUUUUGUGUUUUGCGUUUUGUUUGGUUGGCUGUCGGGGUACAGAAACUUUUGGGCCGUUUUCCGAGAACAUAAAAUCAAGACUGCAGAAACGAUCAAUUGGCGAAAGUAUAUGGAAUUCAAAGAGGGCGAUGCUUGGAAUGUUUCAAGGAACACAGCGACACACAAACCAAAAGUCAAAUGUCGGCCAUUUCCAGCGAGCUAUUGAAGACCAUUGUCUGAUUGCAACGAUGUGUCCUUCAAAUGAAAUUCCAAUUCCGAGUGGAGAUAUUUUGACUGGUUUACAUUUUGGUGUGGAGAAUUUGCAGUCAGUAUGCAAUUCUACUGAAGAGUACCUUGGAUGCUAUGACAUGAUGGCUGAAUCAUACCCUUGUGGUGAAUUAUCUACGCUUAUGGCUAAUAUUGGCCGUGUACUACAGGACAGUCUCUGUCACCAGCCCUGGACACCAGAAGUGCUGUCAAUACUGCAGUGCAUGAACAAUCGAAAAUUGCAAGUCACAAUUUUUGGGGAAAUCCAGAAACUGAUUGGCAUCGGAAUGGCAUAUCAUGAGAUGGGAAUUCCUGUACAACAGCAAAAGUCGACCCUUUGUCGUUGGGUGUUCACGUCCUUUAACGAGAUGGUGCACUUGACUUCGUCUGUCUGUGAAGGAACUGUUUAUUCAACUGUUUGUGAAAUCCGAAACAGACUAGAUCCUUACAUGGAAAUGAUGUUAUCUGGAAUAAGUGAUUACAUCGACUGUCCAAAGGAGACCUUCCGGUGUGCAUUGUAGGGGGUUUGUUGUCACACAUCACACUUUAGGAUGUGGCAGCUGAAUGUUCUCCUGAGAUCAAGGACAUAGUCACAUGGGGUAGUUAGGGCAUUUAUUUCCUGAAUAACUGACGUCAUAUUUUUAGAUAAUAUCAAAAUCACUUACAGACAAAACACAACAAUUUUGUAAAUCAAUAACUCUUUAUGGCAUUUUAAAUGUAAUUUGGUUAAUUGUCUACGGUUUGUCUAACGUCUCUACAUUAUAAAUCAUUUUAAUAGU